UGAUGGGUUGGACGUGGAUGUAAUUCCGCUAUUUUGAUGCACCAAAUCGACGGUUCCAUCCGUUAUGGAAAAAUUAUAUUUUGGGGAUCCAUAUAUUUCCUAAUCGGAUUCUGGAUUCAUAAUGGAAACAUAAAUCACUUUCAUAGAUCAUCAGAACCUACAAAAGUAAAAUCAUCACUGGGAUAGGAUCUCACAGAUCUGAAAACGGGUUAGGAGGGCAAUCGGAUCAUCAUCUUACGUACAUAUUAAAUCUCCGUCUUGUCAUACUUCUUCAUCAGAUUUUCCUCGUUUGAUUUAUUGAUUGAGUAUUGUUCAGAUCCGUUUUCUCUGCUUAAAUCGAAUGGCUAUGUUUGAUGUUAUAAUUCGAUGCAUGGUUUCUAUCUUUUGUGGUGAGUGUCUUCCGUUAUUUGCAAAUAAUAAAGCAGUUCUUCCCGAUUCUCAUGAAAACCAUGUUCCUGAUAAUACACAAAUUUCUCCCUUGGAUAAUCUUCUGGUAGUUGAUGGUCCUCUCCCCCUCCCUGAUCUUCCAACCGAUAUUAUCGCAGACAUAUUUGGUAGACUUCCAGCAAAGUGCAUCUUCAGUUUGCAAAGGGAUUCGCAAGCUCUAUAUGACUUGAUCACAACUCCACUCUUUACACGGACGCACCUAAAUCGAGCUACUUCACCAUGUAUUGUUGUGCAAUCUCUUACGCUACGUUUUAACAGUUGCAUCAAGAUUUUUCUUUUCGACGAGAACUCUGAGAAUAGAGUUGAGGCUAUAAGCUUGGAUCUUAGACGAUGUGAUGCAUAUUGCUGGGGGAAGUCGAUGAUUCUUUUCGAUUCAUACGAUGGGUUUCUAUUAUUUAAAGACGACCAUAGUCGUUGGCCUGUUUUCUGUAUUUGGAAUCCGAUUACUAAACAACAAGUAAUUGUGACUUCUCGGUGUUCUCAUUAUUACGUGUGUGGAUUAUACUUCCAUCCUCGUAAGAAGGAAUAUGAAUUGCUUUAUGUAUGUUUCAUUGCUGGACGACAAAAUGAGUUCUAUAUUCUCUGUAUACGAACCAAUCAGAGAAGAAGAGCAGGUAGUGGCCGUUAUCGUCCAAGUAAUGCAAGUCCCGCUGUAAUUCUUAACGGCACCUUGCAUUGGAUGGUUGAUCGUAAAGGGUAUUUUUCCGAGAACCAUGUUUUCCCUAGCUUGUCGAACUCAAUAUUGUCAUUCAACAUAGAAACCGAGGAGUUAAGCACUAUGGAAGCUGUUAUGCCAUUUGAUGAUGAUAUUUUGACAAGGUUCGGUGAGCAGCUUCAACUUUUUGAGAUGAAAGGUGAUUUGUGCUUGUUUGAUCCUUCAUCAAUGUUUGAGGUGCUCAUAUGGGUCUUUAACUACAUGACCAAGUGUUGGGUUAAAGCGCAUUCUGCUGCCACGGUUUCAAAGACUCGUAAGAAUGUCUACUGGAAUUUUGAAAAGGUUUUGUACUACAGGAAGAAAGACCUACUUUUGGCAAGACGACGCGUGGAUGACCGAUUAUAUUCGGAAAUAUCAUUGGAUGGCCAAACGAGUCAUACUCUACAUUCUCCUCAUUGCUCUACUGUAUAGGGAGGGUUCGGAUUUGAUGAAUACGUAUGGCGUUAGGAUAAAUACGAUAGGUCCUACCUUGUACUCCAUAGCUAGUUAGCAAAUUCGUAAUAUUGGCGAAUCAGUGAAUUAUACGGAUUUUUGCAUAUUGUACGUGUCUGGUAUAAAUUCCAUCUUCAAUUCGUGUAUCAUAUGCUGCAAUGGGAUUUCCAUAAUUUUCAAUCUAUUAAAUGGUUCGCCACUAGGUCACCUCUCAAGUACAAGAAGAUAGAGAUAAGGUUGCGCUUUGUCGCCUUCUUCAUUCAUUACCUGUUCUAUUAUCAAGAGUGUUAGAACAGCUACCUGAUAUUGUCACAUCUUUCGCCUUUCUGAUGUCACGUUUUAACUUGUUGAAGAGAGUUUUGAGCUCACAAAAUCUUUCACAUUUAUUUUAUUAGAUUAAUUCUGGUGGGAGGUCUUGACUAGAUCUUGAUAAUACUCUUACUAA